CAUGGAGCUGAGUUGGGUGGGGAAUGUCCCCUGAGAGUCCCUUCUUUGCCUUUGCAACCUCUUCCCCCAAAGAAAAAGAAGCUUCCUGACCAAGAACUGAAAGCCAUAAAGAUCCAGGCCUGGUGGCGGGGCACCCUGGUGCGCAGGACAUUGCUGCACGCAGCACUCAGAGCGUUGAUCAUUCAGCGGUGGUGGAAGAUGAUACUGGUGAAACUGCUGGAACAGAGGAAACGAGCAGCCCUAGAGUUCUACGUGCGGCAAGAGUGGGCAGUGGUCAAGCUGCAGUCCUUGAUCCGCAUGAGGAGCAUACGCCGGCGAUACUGCCGUCUGCUCCAUGCUGCCCGCAUCAUCCAGGUGUACUGGCGCUGGCAUAAUUCCCACUCCCGUGGCUCUUUCCAGGGCAGCUAUGACCUCACGGCAUCCCAUCUGGGACUAGAACUCGAGAUUUUUCUGGGAUCACAGAUUUGCCGGAUUACAGACUGCAUCCCCUUCCCAAUAAAGAACUAAUCAGGUCUGCUCCAA